CUAAGCAUAGAAGCCGCAUACCUAAGCUGCUAGAGCUGACUAGCUGACCCCAGUAAGAAACCCGUUUCUGGAGCCGACUGAAUAUGUCGUGCCUGGCUACCCCUAUAACAGAACACUGUAAAAGCUGCUGAAGCUGCUGCUGCUGCUGCUGCUCUCUCUCUCUCUCUCUUCCCUGCCUUGCACCGCACCCUCUCCUCAUACCCUCAGAAUUUUUCAGAUUCUCCCUCUCCCAUCUAUCUCUACAUAAAUUCCCCUCUUUUACCCCCUUGCCACCCACAUUUCACAUCCUCACAAGCUACACGCGCAUUCACAGAAAAUCACUCUUCUUUCUAUCUUCAAACACGACAAAACAUAACCAAUACUCACUCCUCCAACACUCUCUUUGCCCCCAAAAGCCAAAAUGCCGGCAGAAUUAUCAAGCAGCGAAGCAGCAAGGAGAGCACAACAAUCGACAGCUGCAACUUUAACUAAGCCAGGAGGAGCACCACCUCAAGAACAAGAGCACUUGCCAUGUCCACGUUGUGACUCAACGAAUACUAAGUUUUGUUACUACAACAACUACAACUUCUCUCAGCCUCGUCACUUCUGUAAGUCUUGCCGCCGUUACUGGACUCACGGUGGCACCCUCCGGGACAUUCCUGUUGGUGGUGGCACUCGGAAAAAUGCUAAAAGGUCACGUACGUCAGCUACUUCUCCUGCCUCCUUCAUGGGUCCUAUGACAGGCACUAAUAUUGAUGGCUUACCACUGCCUGCUACCCCAGUGCUGCUCCCACUCACAGCCAAUCAGGGUUUGUCCGUCCACUUUGGUGGUGGUGAUGGGAAGGGUAACGGUGGUGGUCUGGGUGGGAGUUUUACUUCUUUGUUGAAUACUCAAGGCCCAGCUGGGUUCUUGGCUCUUAAUGGGUUUGGUCUUGGAAUUGGGCCUGGGAUUGAAGAUGUGAACUUCGCUCUUGGAAGAGGGCUGUGGCCUUUUCCGGGAAUGGGAGAUGUUGGCGCUUCCGUAGGUGGUAAUGGUGGGGCUGCCGUCACAGCUGGACUGGGCAACACAUGGCAGUUUGAGAAUGGUCAGGAAAAUGGGUUUGUCGGCGGGGAUUGCUUUUCUUGGCCUGAUCUUGCUAUUUCAACUCCUGGGAAUGGUCUUAAAUGAUGUAGCAGUAUGUUAAUUCGGUGUUUCUUGUUUUUUUCUUUUGGAUUUUGGUCCUAAUUAAGGAUUGCAGGGUUUAGUUACUAUGUAGUAUUCAAGUGUUGAGAGAGCAAAUUAGGGUUGAAAUUAGAAAGAAAAUUAAAAUUA